AUGGACACCAUAUUUGAUGAAGAUCCCUUUUUUACCACUCUAUUGCAAAGUGGUGAACAAGAAAUCUCUAGUACCCUAAUGACUAGCAGCCAUGAUAAUGUUGGACUCCAAGCAACACAAUUGGCAGGUGAAAAAAGGCCACCUAGUAAAAAAACACAACGAGGUGUGUCUUUCACCGUAGAGGAGGACAAUCUCCUCGUGUUAGCUUGGCUUAAUAUUAGCGUGGAUGCUAUCCGAGGGACAGAUCAAAAAUAUUCACAAAUGUGGGAGAAAAUUAGUGAUUAUUACAAUGAGUAUAAAAAACCUAGCAUGGCAAAUCGUUCUGGAUGGUCAUUGACCAAUCGAUGGUCGGUGAUCCAAAAAUGCACAAAUAAGUUUUGUGCUGCUGUGACCCAAGUAGAAUCAUUGCAUCCAAGUGUUGCAACAGAGCAAGACAAGCAUGCUUCCAUAUUGUCAACGAGGAGGAAACUAUAUGGAAAAUGUGCUGCUAUUGCAGACUCGACUCCACUAGGAGACGACACCUUAGAUGACAACGUAGAGGUCAUUUCUGAGAGACCUCCAGGCAAGAAGGCUACAAAAGAAAGUGUUAGAAAGAGGAAGGCCGGAGAAACUUAUGAUGCUGAAUUUACUGAGGCCUUAAAUGGCAUGAGAAAUGACAGAGCCAUAUACAUUUCUAAGAGAAAACAAGAGAUUAGCAAGAGUAAUUCUGUGGCACACGAUUUACUAGUGGAGAAAAAGAGGAAGAAUGAUAUGUUAAAAAGGAAGAUCGAUAUGAAGUUAAUGAAAUUAGAUCUUGCUGGGAUGAAUAGAAUGCAGCAAGAGUAUUUCUUGAAUAUUCGAAAAGAGAUUUUCGAGGAAUCACGGAAGCAAUUUUCAUCUACAUCUCCACCUCCAUCUCCAUCUUUUGAUUUUGAAGAUGUGUAG